AAGAAAUCAGAGUCUAUUUAAAGAGAAGUAGCCCCGGAUUCUGCAGCCGUGUGACUCCCGGCUUUGCGCACCGCUCCUAGCUGCGCCAAAUCCAGCCUGCCUGUGCACCAGCACGGCUCCUGACGGCGGUGAGGAUGCGGACUUCUCUGGCGGUGUGUUGCUGCGUCUUUGCGCUGCAAUGCCUGCAGAGCACACUUUGUCUUCCAGUGCGGGGAUCCAGCAGGUACAAAGCACCGGUGUCUGAGAAGUUCCCGGACCUGAAGAAGAGGGGGAAGCUUUCUCACUCUCAGGAUUUUGUAAAGGAGACAAGUUUGCAGACCAACACCUCUAACACUUGGAGCCGACCCCGCUGUGGCGUACCGGACUACCCCACCCAGAAGGAGGUGCAUUAUCGGGGGCGACAGAGACGCUUCGUCCUGUAUGGAGGACGUUUGGAGAAGACAGACCUCACCUACAGGAUAGUUCGGUUUCCCUGGCAGAUAGGCGAGGAGAAGGUUCGACGUGUCUUUCAGGAAGCUCUGAAAAUCUGGAGUGAUGUCACCCCACUCACCUUCACAGAGAUCCACAGUGGGAAGGCCGAUAUCCGGAUCGACUUCACAAGGUACUGGCAUGGAGACAACCUUCCCUUCGAUGGCCCGGGUGGGAUUCUUGCUCACGCCUUUUUCCCCAAAACCCACCGACAAGGCGACAUUCACUUCGACUACGACGAGUCCUGGACCCUCGGAAACCACAUGGGCACAGACCUUCUCCAGGUCGCCGCCCAUGAGUUCGGGCACGUCCUUGGCCUGCAGCACUCUCGCGAGCCUGGGGCCAUCAUGUCCGCAUACUACUCCUUCUCCUACCCUUUGAGACUAAGCGAGGAUGACAAGCGUGGCAUCCAGUACCUAUACGGCGCUCUACCGCAAGUUCUGCCCUCUCCGCCACCCCCGCCUCCACCUCAAUCCAACCCCGAGACCAACGAGAUCGUCACUAAUCCUGACGCCUGCCAGACAGACUUUGAUGCCGUGUCUAUGAUCCGAGGGGAGCUGUUCUUCUUUAAGUCAGGCUACGUGUGGCGGAUCAGGGAUGGGCAUCUGGAGAGCGGUUACCCAGCGCUGGCGUCCCGUCACUGGAGGGGGAUUCCCAACAACAUCGACGCAGCCUUUGAAGACAAGUCAGGGAAUAUUUGGUUCUUUCAAGGUGAGAAUUACUGGGUGUUCGAUGCCGAGAUGCAGAUCCGAGGGCCGGAGUCCAUCAGGAGUUUGGGUCUGUCGGUGUCUGGGAUCCAGGCGGCGCUGCGAUGGGGCCACGACUCAAGCUACAACACCUAUUUCUUCAAGUCAGGCAGCUACUGGAAGUUCAGCCCCCGAGAGAACAGGGUGGAGUCCGUCUACCCACGCAGCAUGCAGGACUGGAGCGGCAUCCCCGACGACGUGGACGCCACUUUCAGGGAUAUCUACGGCUACGCUCACUUUGUCCGAGGUCGACAGUACUGGAAGUUUGAUCCCGUUGGCAUGAACUCUUUGGAGGGCUAUCCCCGCUACAUUGGCAUGGACUUCUUCGGCUGUAGAAACAUUUGAGCUAUGGAGAACAAGAGCGAUAUUUAUGACUAUGAAGAGGAGUUCUUGAAGCAAUGACGUUUGUGUGCUCAUCCUACGGAUUAAAGGAUGGCAAUAUAUCCGUUUAUGCUUUCCUCCAUUUAUUACACCUUCUUCUCAGGAAAACCAAGUAAUUGAGCAGCAGCAGCAGCGAUGGCUCACAGCUUCACUCAGGAGUAUUUUCAGAUCCCCGUGGUGACACGAGCAUACACCACCGCCUGCGUCCUCACCACUGCUGCUGUGCAACUUGAGGUCAUUACCCCCUUCCAGCUGUAUUUUAACCCAGACCUCAUAAUCAGACGAUACCAGAUAUGGCGCCUGAUAACCAGCUUCCUCUUCUUUGGUUCUGUUGGAUUCAGCUUCGUGUUCAACAUCAUCUUUCUGUACCGAUACUGUCGGAUGCUGGAGGAAGGCUGUUUCCGGGGAAGGACGGCAGAUUUUGUUUUCAUGUUCCUGUUUGGAGGAACCGUGAUGACUCUGUUCGGUCUGAUCGCCAACGUCUUCUUCCUGGGCCAGGCCUUCAUCAUCAUGCUGGUGUAUGUGUGGAGUAGAAGACAUCCGUUCGUACGCAUGAACUUCUUCGGCCUCCUGAACUUCCAGGCGCCUUUCCUCCCUUGGGUGCUAAUGGGAUUUUCGCUGCUGCUCGGAAACUCCAUUGUGGUGGACCUCCUAGGUAUCAGUGUGGGUCACAUGUACUACUUCCUGGAAGACGUUUUUCCAAACCAGCUGGGAGGACGGAGACUGCUGAUGACGCCAGAGCUUCUGCGGGCCAUGUUUGAUCAGCCGGAAGACCCAGACUACCGUCUGCUCCAUGAAGAACAGCAGGAUGGAGAUCUGAUGCAGGACGAGGAGCCGCAAGACUAACAAUACAAGUCCCCAAAAGUCUGGAUAAAUCUGAAGACACAGGAAGACAGUUACAAGAUGUGGAUCUGUGGAGCCCUGACUCGUUGCAGAAUGCAGUAAAGACAUUUGAAAAUUGA